AUGGCCACCGUCAUAGAAUGCAUGGUCAUCGUUCCUCACCCUUCUUCUAUCACCCGGAGUUCUCUCAAGUUCUCACGUUACAUGGCCCUAAAACUGAAGCCCAAUCCCAAAUUCAGGCCCAUUUUCACUGCUUCGCCUGCUUUCAGAAACGCUACCCGCACUUCACGUGUAGUGUGCGAGGCCCAGGAUACCGUUGUGGAUGUGGCUCCUAUAACGGAAGCAAAUUGGCAAUCACUUGUACUUGAAUCUGAUUCACCCGUUUUGGUUGAGUUCUGGGCUCCAUGGUGUGGUCCCUGCAGAAUGAUCCACCCUAUACUUAUUGAACUAGCAAAACAAUAUGCUGGGAAACUCAAGUGUUACAAACUCAAUACAGAUGAGAGUCCUUCAACUGCUACCCGCUACGGAAUUAGAAGUAUCCCAACUGUUAUGGUCUUUAAAGACGGUGAAAAGAAAGACACUGUUGUUGGAGCUGUGCCCAAGUCAACACUAACAUCCACCAUUCCAGCCUACCAAUCAACCUUCAUACCACCUCACAAACCCACCUACCCAGUUCGUGUUCUCAUCACCGGCGCCGCAGGACAAAUUGCUGAGUCAUUGAAUGGAGUUAAGAUGGAGUUGGUCGAUGCCGCUUUUCCUCUUCUUAAAGGUGUUGUCGCUACAACGGAUGUUGUCGAGGCAUGCACUGGAGUCAAUGUUGCUGUCAUGGUUGGUGGAUUCCCAAGAAAAGAAGGUAUGGAGAGGAAGGAUGUGAUGUCUAAGAAUGUAUCUAUUUACAAGUCUCAGGCUUCUGCCCUUGAAAAGCAUGCUGCUGCCAAACUGCAUGGAAAAAAAUGA